UCAAGUUAGCAGUGACCAUGAAGACAACUGUAGUAUCGCUUCUUGUCUGUGUGUGUGUGCAGCAUGUAAUCUCCUCCCCCACUCCUCAGUUUGGAUCCAGAGAUACCUUACCUGUAUCUUCAGAAAUCUCAAAAGAUUUACCUGGUGGAGGGAAAUUCCACCUCAGAAGUGAAAGUAUUCCGAUCAGAGUUCCAGGUGGCAAGAUAAUUUCAAAGGAAUACGUCAGUAUUACAGGCGCGGGUCUACAAGAUACCGCAUACUAUAGAGAAAACGAAGGUAAAUGGAAUAAAAGACCUGGCAAAAACCCUGGCCCUCCUGAUGAUUUUGGUGUAGGAGGCUUUCCUGGAGAUGAUGACAAAUUAUUUGGAAGUAGUGGCAGAAGACCUGGCAGCAAUGGUAAAGGUCCUGGAAAUAAUGGUGGUCUGCCAGGUAAGAAUGGUGGUUUAGCUGGAAACAAUGGUGGUUUACCUGGAAACAAUGGUGGUUUAGCUGGAAACUAUGGUGGUUUACCUGGAAACAAUGGUGGUUUAGCUGGAAACAAUGGUGGUUUACCCGGAAACAAUGGUGGUUUAGCUGGAAACUAUGGUGGUUUACCUGGAAACAAUGGUGGUUUACCCGGAAACAAUGGUGGUUUAGCUGGAAACUAUGGUGGUUUACCUGGAAAUAAUGGUGGUUUACCCGGAAACAAUGGUGGUUUACCCGGAAACAAUGGUGGUUUAGCUGGGAACUAUGGUGGUUUACCUGGAAACAAUGGUGGUUUAGCUGGGAACUAUGGUGGUUUACCUAGUGGUCUGAGUAACGGAUCUGAGCCACCUCCGUCAGGUGUUGGUAUGGAAUACAAUUCUUAUGUAUUGACAAGCCCAAGGCCUCGAGAAAGAUGGGGUUAUGGAAAAUGAAAUGAAGUACGUUUAUAAGGUGUUAAGAUUGCAAAGAUCUCAACAACAACGAGAUGUGAGGUGUAAAGGUAAUUUGUAACUCAAAGCAAAAUGUUAAUAUCUUGUAGGUUAAAAAAUUUAAGUGUAAGUAUGCUGAUAUUUCAGUGUGAUAUGUUGUGUUGUGCUAGAAAAGAUGAAAAAAUUAGUGAAAAGUAUUAAUAUAAGAAACAAUUUUGUGUAAAAUUUUGUAAAUAAAUUGUAUAUAGCCUUAGUUAGAGAAAAAAUUAUCGGCUUAAGAAUGUGUUUUGAAUGUUUCGAUAUUUUAUUAUCUGUGUAUAUUAUACUUUUAAGAAAAUAAAUAAAUUUUAGUA